UAUACUCGUCUUGGCUCAAGGAUCGUGACGAGAAUCAUGGUCUUGUUGUUGCUAACUUGCUAUCCAAGAUGGAGUCCUACACAUCGCCCCAGCCAUCGUGUAACUCCUCCUUCCCAAUCCGCCUCAAAGCCGGCCUGCGAUGUUAUCGUAAGUUUCCUUAAUUCCAGCUGGGCCUUCCUCAACAGGCACAUCAGAAGACAACGGCCCCGCGAUGUCACCGCAAGCUUCCAGGAGAUCAGCGGAACUUCCUCACUAGGCACUUCGGACGACAUCUGCACUGCGAUGUCACUGCAGGUUUCCAUGGUAUCAACAGGGCCUUCCACAAGAGGACUCGGAGUGAUUUCCGCCCUGCGAUGUCACCGCAGCCAUGAUAUCACCAGAUCUCUCGCCGCCUUCCUCAAAGGGCACUUGGGAAGAAAGCUACCCCGCGAAGUGGCUAGCACUGUUAGUCGGGAAGGAGUACAAGAUCCUCAAGAUAGGAAUCAGGUUGGGACCCAUUGGGGGCAACUUGGAAAGUUGGGGCAACCGUUGGGGAGCUGUUAGCCUGCUCGUCGAUGAGGUGCAGGAUCUCUUGGCCCGGUACUGGGUCUCGCCAACUCACGCGGCGUCACGCCUCUCACGCUUGUUUGAGUUUUGCAUUAUGCUUAAAUUAGGUGCAGACAAUCGGCUUCGGCGCGGCUGUAUCUUCAGAUUCGGAAGGCCAACGGGAACAUGCUCGCCCGCAUCGGAGAUGCGCAGCGCCGGACGGCCAGGCGACUAAGUUAUUCGCCCACGAGGCUUUCGGUCGGCCCUCUCUUCGGGAA